GAAGGAUUUAAAUUAUGCUAAAUGGCUUAAUGGCCGACGCAUAAAUUACGAGCCAGCAAUAAUGAGAAAUAAUUUGGCUUUCCAGCUAAUUUGCAGAUUGAAAUGAGUUUAAAAACAAAGAAAAUCUAAAUUUUAAAGCUGACGACGACGGAGAAAUGCAGAUGAAGAAUCAAAAUACAUCAGGACAUACUGUGGGACAAAAUUCUGCAACAAAUAAUCAGAGAAAUUUAAGAAAGAAUCCAAAAAUCAACAGUGAUUGUAUUUAAAAACGCAUCCAUUGUGUCGUUCUGGUGGCGUCAUCAUUCGGCGCCCAUUUAGCGGGACCGUCGCGCCGUUUGAAAGAUCUACAUCUGUAGCUCCACAAAACGCCGUUUUAUACCUUAGUUCUCGGUUUUAGAGCGGAUUGAAAUGAUCGAUAUGAUCGAGAAAGAGGACCCGGUCAUCAGCGAAGAGGAAGCGGCGCAGUACGACCGCCAGAUCCGCCUGUGGGGGCUGGAUGCGCAGAAGAGGUUGCGAGGAUCCCGUGUGCUCCUAGCAGGUGUCGGUGGUCUCGGGGCUGAAGUGGCCAAGAACUUGAUCCUGGCUGGAGUUAAAGGGCUCACUUUGCUGGAUCAUGAACAGGUGUCGGAGGACUCGUGUCGAGCUCAGUUCCUGGUUCCGGUGACGGCUCAGGGUCAGAAUCGGGCCCAGGCCUCUCUGGAGCGAGCACAGAACCUCAACCCGAUGGUGGAGGUGCAUGCUGACCCAGGCAGGAUUGAAGACAAACCAGACGACUUCUUUCUGCAGUUCGAUGCGGUUUGUCUGACAGGCUGCUCCAGAGACCUGAUGGUUCGGGUCGACCAGCUCUGCUCCAAACACAACAUCAAGGUCUUCUGCGGAGACGUCCACGGUUACUACGGUUACAUGUUCUGCAACCUCGGACCGGAGCACAACUAUGUGGAGGAGAAACCUAAAGUAGUGAAGCCGCCCGCUGAUUCCAACGACGGUCCAGAAGCCAAGAAAGCCAAAAUCGACCCCAACGAGACCACCAUGGUGAAGAAGACGACCAGUUUCUGCACGCUGAAGGAGGCUCUGGAGGUCGAUUGGACCAGUGAGAAGGCCAAAGCUGGUCUGAAGAGAACACCGGUGGACUACUUCCUGCUUCACGUUCUGUUGAAGUUUCAUACAGACAAAGGCCGUGACCCCGACCCCAAGUCCUUUCCAGAAGACAGUCAGCUCUUGAGACAGAUCCGUGAUGACGUCCUGGAGGCCUUGGCCCUGAGCGCCGACCUCCUCAACGACGACUUCAUCAGCUACUGUUUCUCCGAGAUGUCUCCAGUGUGCGCCGUAGUCGGAGGAGUUCUUGGACAGGAAGUUGUCAAGGUUAAAAACCAAAGCUCUGGACUCCCCAUCCCCUCGCUCACCGCUCUGCGCAGGACCGUGGCGUUGAAUUCGUCUCCGAUCACCCUCAGCUGGUUGGCCACUCUCAGGAGCUCCAGCUCCUGCACCGCCUCUCCCCUGGGGGCCCGGUGCUGCGGAGAAGCCCAGGAUGGGUGCUCGUUUUGGGGCAGCAGGUCAGGCGGAGGUCCCUGUCGGCUGGAGGCCUGCAAGUGCUCCUCUCUGUCCGAGUCUGGACCAGAAAAGGAAGAAAUAAAUUCAGAAAACAGAACGAACUAAAAAAGCACUCAGAGAGCGCAGUACUCCUCCAAGGCUGUCUAUUCCUCCAUAUGGCAUCGUCAGAAAUGCAGCAUGUGUUUUUUUUACUCCGCCAAGGAACGCGGCAGAGUUACGUGACUAUUGGCAUACGUUUGUCUGUCUGUCUGUCUGUCUGUUCACAACAUUACUCAAAAACAGACUAAUGGAUUUGGAUAAAAUUUUCAGGGAAGGUCAGAAAUAACACGAGUACCAACUGAUUAGAUUUUGGGAGUGAUGCAGCUUAUAGUCUGGAUCCAUCGAUUUCUUAAGAAUUUCUGUAUCAUUGAGAGAUAGCGGCACAGCGUCACUGUAACCAUGACAACAAGUGAACACUACGUCAGCUGCCUGCUGACGAUCUCGCAACGAUAUAGAAAUCUUUAACAAAUCAGUGGAUCCAGACUAUAAGCUGCAUCACUGCCAAAAUCUAAUCACUUGGUCCUUGUGUCAUUUCUGACCUUCCCUGAAAAUUUCAUCCAAAUCUGUUAGUCUUUUUGUGAGUAAUGUUGCUAACAGACAGACAGACAGACAAACCAACGCCGAUCGUCACAUAUAUAAAUAGUGAAACUGUCCUUUAACUUAAAGGUCAAAGCCUGUCAGACAGGAAUGACUCAGAAAUCAGUUUUGGUUUGUAAUUCUACUGUUAAAAGGACAUUUCAUGUGUCAUUCUUAGUUUCUAGCAGACAUUCCUUUCAGUUUCCAUGAAUGUUUAAGUAUUAGUGGGUCAGUAAAUGUGACAGUGAAUCUACUCUCAGACAUACGUCGCUUUGGAUAAAAGCUAAAUGAAAUUAUAGAAUUGUAAAAUUCUAUUAACAGUCACCUUAGGUGCUAGUUCACUCCACACAUAGCAACACAUGGACCUGCUGCCAAGCAACAGCGACUAUUUAAUGAGCAAACAUACCAACACACCCAAAAACACACACAGUAAACUAAGAACUUGUACUGAACUCGAUUUAAAAAUGUAAUUAAAGACACACAUGAUCAUAAAAGUUAAAAUAUUUCAUUUUCUAAAGCUUUUUUUUUUUUGCUUGUGCAAAUUGGAAAAAGUGACUCCAUCCUCUCUGAACAGGAACUAGUGAUUUUUAACAAUAAGAGCCUGGACCGUUUACAAUAAAAACAAACCAAAAGUAGUUUUUAAGUUCUCACUCACACAGACACAAAUUUCUCGAGGAGCCUGACGGCGUGACGGUGACUUAUUUUCCUGUUCAUGGAACUUGGGAGAGUAAUCUCUUAAUCUGCUUAAUAAGUCUGGUAUGGAGAGGUACCGUGUUUGUGUUUGUGUUUGUUUACAGACUGGUUUUUCUUAAUGAACUGAUACCUGAACCUUCUGUCUGGACUGAAAAACAGGCCUAAACCUGCAUUAGAUGAUGUGAUUAUACGAAAACUGAUGAGCUCAGAAAUAGUUUUCAUUUAUUUAGUAUUUAUUCAUGUGUAGCUACCUGCUAAUUUCCAUUUUUCCUGUUUGAAAUUGAUUCUUUAAUCAGUUAAAUCAUAUUUUGUAGUGUAGAAGAUGGUGAAUUUAAUAACCAAAUUAUUUUUUAUGCAUCCCAUCUUGUUUUAAAGAGACAAUAAAACAAUAAAUGCUUAAAUGUACUUUUAUUCACUGACUCUUGUUUUAUUCCUUUUGAAUAUCCUUAAGUUGAGCCGGUAUCCUGCUCUAACCUCUCCACUGCACACCUUCGUCCAAUCACAGCUUUUGACCCCCUGUCUCCGGCGCGGAGCCGAGCGCCCGCGGCAACCACAACUCUAGUUGCCACAGAAACGAGCACCCCUGGCAACCGCGCAGCAUCUGCUUUGCUAGGAGGAUUACAACUGAUCCUUUAAAGAUGCAGGUGACUAGACAGACAGAGAGAGAGACGGAGGGAGGGACAGAGAAAGACAGAAAAGAGAGAGCGACAGAAAAAAUAAAAACAACAAACAGGAAAACCCUGGCUUGUUGCCAAGGUAACUGUAAGGCAGCGCUCCUGGAGACGUCUGCGUGUGAUUGGAGGAUGGAGCGGGGGGCUGAGCGGCAAUAGGGUGAGCCGGAGGAGAAGGGGGCGGGGCUUGGGAUCGACCUGUCUGCUCGAUUGGCUGAUGGACUGACAAGGUGACAGAGGGACCCCCUUGACCGGUUAAAUAUGGGAGCAGCAGGAGGGUUGGGUUGUUGGGCAGCGUGGGGGGCGGCGUUAAAAAUCAAAACAGACUGAAGACACUCCAACGGGGGAGGUAGAAAGCUUUAAAUGUGAGCCGGAUAAUUCUCUUAGUUUAAUUAUGCCGUUACUCGAUAACAACUUAAGUAACAAACAGAUUAACCGACUGACUCACUGAGCAAACAAAUGAAAGUAACACACGAAUAAACAAGCAAAAAUAACAAGAUCUGGGAUGUUCGGUUAUUGACAAACUGACUAAUAAAUGACCUAACUGAGUAAUUACAGUAUCUGACUGGUUGUCUCUCUGCUUUAUUAGUCAACUGACUGAUUGAUUAUGGAUUAACCCAAGUGUCUGAAUAAUUGAUUAACUAGAUUGCUGCAUAAUUAACUUACUUAGUGGAUGAAAAACUCACUUGUUUAUUAACUGAGUGAUUAUUAGACUGUUAUCUGACAAACCCAGGGAAUAAACUUUAAGUCAGACAAACUCACUUUCCUGAAUCUUUAACCCUUAGAUGCAUAAGUGGGUCAAAAAUGGUCGUUUUCUUGCAAUAUCUUUGUAAUGAAAAGUUGUUAUCAUUUCAUUUUCCACCUAUUCCUCAAAGAACAUGUUUCUGAUGUCAUUCCAUAGAAAUUUUUAAGUUAUCUUUUAGAUUUUUAAAGCAAUUAUGAUAUUUAUAUUGCUACCCUAAGCUCUUUAUUACUUAUAUCAUAUAAGAGGUGAUGUAGUGCGCAAAUUUGGAGGAAAAAAGUGGAAAAAUAAUGAAACAAAAUGGCUGUUGACAUUCUUCUACUGCUGUUCUUUGUAAUAUUCUUCUUUUAUAAUUAAUAAAAUGUUCAAAAUCUGUUAAAAAGUGAAAAAUAAAUGUAUUUCAAACAUGAAAUCAUUCUUGUGUGGAUAAAAAUAUAAUAAAACAAUAAUAAAAAAAAUUAUUAUUAACUAAAAUGACAAAAAAAUGGCAUAUAAACACAUUUAUUCUUAUUUAAGAUCAUUUUUGACCCACUUGUGGACGAGUGUAGGGUCCAAUCACAAAAAAACUUAAACUAAAUACAAAUGUAUAGUCUGACUAAAUAGGUAAAUCUGAAUCAUUAAGGGAUGUGUUUGGCUGAAGCUAAAUAAAAAUAACUCCCAAACUAAAUGCAUCUGUUAGAAAUGUGUAGUUGGCUUUGUGCUGCCUGGCUGAGCAGCUCUGAUGAGGUGGAGGAGGAGGAAAUGCUGCAGACUGUUUCUUUCAUGGCUGCCACAGUGCAGAGGACAAGUCUGAACAUGUCUGCAUGCACAGCUGACCUGCAGCUGAGAGGAGGAGGAGGGCGGCAGCUCGUCUGUUUACUAAAGAUCUGUCACAACACGGCGGCUCGGUCCGUCCUGUAACCUGCCGAGCCGCCUCACCUGGAUUUCACUUUCUGCAGCCGAAAAAUUCCCCCCCGCGGGACGCUGAAUAAACAACCCGAGAGAUGAUUUAUUGUGGCUCUAAACAACUCCAGAGUGACGACAGUGGAAUGAGAAAAAUCCAAAGUUCUACUUUGUUUCUCGUUGCUGCCCAUUUCACCGCCUGUGUCCUGUAGAAUUUAAUACCGGUUACAUGUCGUCCUGCAAUACUAGCCUCCCGUGUUGAUCCCUGGGACAGCUGUAGCACAUUUCCCCUCCAUCCUCACCCCCCCACCCUGUCAACACUGGCCAAACAAACUCCUGUCAUGGAAAUAAAGCCUUGGGUGCAGAUGACCGAUGCCCUCCCGCUAACUGAUAACGCUCCUGUUUGCUUAAGGGUGGAGGUCUGAAAGGCAAACUGACUCACAUCUGAUGUUUUUUUCCACUGUUUCCUGCUUUAAAAAUCAAUCCUGUUGCUGUCGCUGGCUGGCUUAAUGAUUAAUGAUGAGCUGUGAUGAGGAUCUUGGCGUUACGUUGCCCCCUUUUCCCCGUCUGUCAAAACAAGGGGAGAACUGGGCCACAUGGUGUCACUGCUAAUGUAAGAUUGCUGCUUUCUAACCCUAUUUUCUUUACUUAUAAGCUAAUAAAUAAUAAAUGUCCUACCUGGCUGCUCUGCUGAGAGGUCGCUGGGUGCAACGGCGCCUCGCCUCCUCUCGUCCCUCCGGCUGCAGAGCGGCGACGAUGAAGGCGACGGCGUUGCCGAUGGCGACAGUGCGGGUGGUAACUGCUGGUGAGUCUGGUCCUGGUCCUGGUCCUGGUCCUGGUCCUGGUCCUGGUCCUGGUCCUGGUCCUGCCGGUCGGGGUAAGGCAGCGGGUACGACAGGUAGAGGGCCUGCAGGGUGUGCAGAGGGUGGUGAUUGUGGUGGAGGUGCAUGGCCCCGGCCCAGGCCUGCAAGGAGCGAGGCAGCUCCAUGCCGCAGGUGUUGUGGCCGGGAAGAGGUCCGUUAGCUGCUCCUCCGGUUUCUCCAACGCUCUCGAUGGUUUCUGCACGGGCCAUCUCAGUAGUAGCCUCAAGAAAACAACAAUAAUAACUCAAAAACGAGCCUUACAUUCAUGUCAAACUUGAUGAAUAAUAAAAGCAAAGAUGUAAUGUAUGUUUUCUUUUUGCCUACAUUAUUUCAAGGUUAAAGAGAUUCCGUUUAUCACAAUGCAAGCUAUUAAUUAUUACAUUAUAAUACAUAUUAAUAACUAACACACCUUUGAGUUCUUUGUAUCACAGCAUAUCAGUAACAAACUCAUCAUAGCUUUAAAUGAUUUUGAAUGUCUUUUAUGAGUGUAGUUAGUAUUUAAAUCAAUGUAUAUGCUUGUAUUUUACCGUAUCAGAGGCUAGAAAACUGUAUUGACGUACCUAUUGUCAUUGCAUAUGAGAAUUUGCCCCCCAAAGUGGUACCGAUGACCCCAAUUUUACCUACUUGGCUCAUGGAUUAAAGAGGUCUUUUCCACACACAUAUAUAUACAUACUAUGUACACUGCUGUUCAAAAGUUUGGGGUCGCUUAGAAAUGUCCUUAUUUUUCAAAGAAAAGCUGUUUUUUUCCAAUGAAGAUAACAGUAAAUGAAUGAUAAAUCCAGUCUAGACAUUGUUAAUGUGGUAAAUGACUAUUCUAGCUGGAAACAGCUGAUUUUUAAUGGAAUAUCUCCAUAGAGGUACAGAGGAACAUUUCCAGCAACCAUCACUCCUGUGUUCUAAUGCUACAUUGUGUUAGCUAAUGGUGUUGAAAGGCUAACUGAUGAUUAGAAAACCCUUGUGCAGUUAUGUUAGUACAUGGAUAAAAGUGGGAGUUUUCAUGGAAAACAUGAAAUUGCCUGGGUGACCCCAAACUUUUGAAUGGGAGUGUAUGUUUAUAUAUUAGCGGAAUUUUUAGCUGAGAAGUUACAGUAUACAUGUUCAUUUGGGCAGAAUUCAUUCAAAAUGAGAAUUGAAGUCUGUUUUCUCCAGUUUUGAGGAAUCUGGAAAGUGCUAUAACAUCACAUGACUCCUCAAGAGCAGGUAUGAAGAUAAAAUAAAGUCGACAGCACAUCUGGAAUAUCAGCCUUCCAGUACAAAACAACCUAAAAAGAAUAAACAUUGCAGUUAAAUUCUCCAUCUAUGAAACACUUUUUACAGUGUUCAGCGUCUUGCUCAAGGACGUUUCGGCAUGUGGAAGGCUGGGGGUCAAACCAUCAACCUUGAGGCUAAAGGGCAAUCCACUCCAACAUCUGCUUCCAAUUAAGAUGUUUUUCCCCUAAUUCGCGGUGAAAUGUAAUCUGUUUUUACUGCUGCAGUCUUGCUGUGUCUGUACAGGCCACUGGACAUUAUCAUAUUGCAUUCUAUUUAUUACUGUAUAUUAUUGUAUUAUGCUCUACUACACGUGUGAUAAGGUUGUUUUUUAUUGUUUUAUUGCAUGGUAUGUUUAACCUUGUGACAUUGCAGCUUAAGAAAAAAAAUCCCCUUGGAGCAAGAAAGCAGAUCUUGUCCAA